GAAAGAAAUAGGUGUGGAGAAGACUGAACUCAUUCAACGACUUUCCUCCCUUCAAGUAUUCAUAGUUUGGAGCGGUCUUGCUAAUCACUGUAAGAGUUAUGGAAUGAAAGAGAAUCAUACAACAUAAAGAGUGGUAAAGAAGACAGCUUUCAUGUUCCACGCUUCUUCCAUAGAAUGCAGAGGACUUUGGCGAAGCUCUGCAAACCUAACCAAGCUAUUUCAGUUACCAUUUUAUCCAAUGAAGCCGUGAAAAACGCGAAUUAUCAGCCAAGCCUCGGUUACAACCUUAAUCUUGAGCCACACCAGAUAGACAAUGCUAUCAUGCGAUGCGUUGAUAAAAGAGAUCUUCGGACCGGUUUGUUGAUUCAUUCUUACAUGCUAAAGCUACAUUCAUGUGGGUUUAUCACGCUCUGGAACAAGUUACUCUCUUUGUAUAUUAAAUGUGAGCAGUUUCAUACUGCCUGCCACUUGUUUGACGAAAUGCCUACAAGGAAUAUUGUCUCCUUCAAUACCAUGAUUUCAGCUUAUGCUCGUCAUAGUUACUUUCUUCAAGCUUUAUCACUUUAUAAGAAAUUAAAAGAGGAUGAUCUUAAGCCCAAUCAUAUAACUUUAUCUGGGAUAAUUGGAGUUUGUGAUGGUUUACCAGAAAAAUGUAUGAUGGAUAUUUUUCAUGCUCAGGCUAUUCGGUAUGGGUUGAAUUUCAAUGAGUAUGUAGGAAGCUCCUUAGUGAAUGGUUAUGCUAAUCAAAUGAAAUUGGUUGAUUCUGCAAAAGCUUUUACUGAGAUUUCUCAUUUGGAUCUGAUCUCGUGGAACAUAAUGAUUGACAGUUGUGUUCGAAAUAACGAUAAGGAACACAGUCUGAGAAUCUUCAGUCGUAUGCUCCAUGAAAAUAUUGAGUUUGACGAGUUCACAUUAACAAGUGUGAUUAAGAUGUUCUUAGGACCAACUGAUAUCGAUAAUGGGAAGAUGCUACAUUGUUGUGCUAUGAAAACCGGUUUAUCUCACGAAACAUCUGUCACUAAUUCCCUUAUAUCUAUGUAUUCAAAAUGUGAAACAGGAAUGGCUUCAGCCAGAAGUGUAUUUGAGGAAACAAUGGCUGCUAACAUUAUCUCAUGGACAGCUAUCAUUUCAGGCCUAAUGCAAAACGGACUGAAUACGGAAGCUAUAAGCCAUGGAGGUCAAGUAGAUGAAGGAAUUUAUGCUCUUAGCACUAUGAUUAGCGUUUAUAAGAUCAAACCUAGGAGGGAACACUUGUCUUGUGUUGUUGAUAUGUUGGGUCGAGCUGGAAGGUUGUCUGAGGCUGAAAUGUUCAUAGAUGAGAUGGGAUUGGAUUCGAAUGUUCUUGUUUGGGAAGCAUUGCUUAGUGCGUGUAGAUUUCAUGGAGAGACACGAUUGGGAGAAAAGUGUGCAAAAAAGAUUAUAGAGAUAAAUCCAGAAAGACAUGGAUCUUAUGUGUCUUUAUCUAAUAUAUACGCUGAGAGAGGUUUGUGGGAAGAUAAGAGAGUGGUGUUGGAGAAUUUGCCUGCAAACAGGUUAAAGAAAGAGUAUGGAUGUAGCUGGAUGGCAUCGUAGUGAAAAUUGAACCUGAGACCAGCCUAUUAUCGUAGAUUUGAAGAGGAUUUUGACUUGAUUAUGGUUAUAAAUGGGAUACUGAUUCUUAAGUGAUGAGAUAUUAGUAGAUUUUUCAUCCAGAUUUGGGCUGGAUCUAAUUGUAAAAAUGGCUUGUCAGACUGCUUCUCAUUUUGGUGUUUAGAUGGUGGAAUGAACUACAGAAGAGUCUGUCACUUUAUUCAGGUGAUAGAGUAAAGAUCAUUCAUGGUUUUGUAAGCUAUUUUUUAAUAGAGAGCUUGAGAUGAGGGAAUUCCUUAUGGACAGUUCUUUUCUAGGUAUACUGUAUA